AUGCACCCAGUUGACGGCCUCGUGGCGAGUUGUCGACAUCUAGUGCGGAUUUCCGCAAGACGCGGUCUUGUUACGAUCGCCCUUGGUCUUGUUUUCACAAUCUUUCUGCUCCUGUUUUGGCCGAAAGAUCGAGCUUUAAAAGUGCAGCCCGAUCCGACAUUCUAUUCUUCGAGUAAAAGGAAUGCCUUUUUUCUAGGCUCGGGCGCCACCAAUGACGGCGAUGGUCUUGGGCAACUCGUUUUGGAAACAUCACAAGAGUCGCAAUCCAUACCGUACGAUCCAUAUCCCGAAUAUAACAGCGAGGCAUGGAAAAAUACAUGGCGAGGAACACACCGACAAUGCGCCGGCCCAAAUGGCACACCCUUAGACCGUAGAAAUACUGAAACAGCCAUGAGAGGGUUUUACUGGAACCAAUCAGACUUUCCGGCGCCAAUAUUUGGAUCUUACAAGGCGUGGAAGUUGGAUGCGAGUAUCUGCACCGAUCGAUAUUCUCGAUAUGCGGCAUACGGCUACGCGGAAGAAGACAAAGAGUCUGAUAACUCAACUGAAGUGCAGUGGGAGGAUGUGAACUGGGCCACUCUGCAACAAGGCUGCUUGCAGCGCAAUGCAGAUCGGUAUCAACCUUCAAGUAUUCGCCAAAAGACGUUGACUCUGCAUAAAGAGCUCGAUAGAGAGCCCGAUAAUGGAACUCACCCACAUGUCUUGAGAGAAGAAAAGAUACAGAUGGAUCAAAAUACCACUGGUAUUUUCAAACCACGGACGGCGGUGGUUCUGCGCACAUGGCUCGAUAUGAAAUAUACGGAGAACGAUCUCCACUAUAUACGAUCUAUCAUCAUGGAGCUGUCGCUAUUAUCGGGCGCGGAAUACGAGGUGGUCCUUAUGGUUGAUGCGAAAGACGCUGAAUUGCCUAAUCCAGCCGAUAAAGAGGGCUUAAACAAUCUGAGACAAUCGCUUCCGCGGGAGCUCCAGGAUUUGGCAGUGUUUUUCAAUUCGAAAAUACUAGAAGACUGGUACCCGAAGAUCGAUGUUCAUGUCGCCAUCCUCCAAUACUUCCAGCCAAUGCAGGUAUUCUCUCGACUAAAUCCACAGUACGACUUCUUCUGGCAGUUUGAAAUGGACUCACGAUAUACGGGACACUUCUACAAUUUCCUCGAGCAAGCAACCUCGUUCGCAAAACAACAACCUCGCAAGAACCUAUGGGAGCGCAACUCUUACUUCUACAUCCCCGCCGUCCACGGAACCUGGGACGAUUUCAUCGACCAUGUAGACCAGAGCAUGGUCGGCGUUGAUAGCAUCUGGGGCCCACAGCCAGCAAAAGAUAUCGAUGUUGGUGACGAAGCACCAAAGCCCCCGCAUCCAGACUCAGACGAUGAUGCUUGGAACUGGGGCGUAGGCGAAGAAGCCGACGUGAUCACCUGGCUACCUCACUUCAACCCCCAGGAGACCGGUUGGCCCUUCUCAGACCGGAUAUUCAAUUUCCGCCAGAAGGGAGAUACGCCGCGCCGGGCAUCCGUCGUCGCAAUGUCCCGUGUCUCCACCCGACUACUACGGAUAAUGCACGCGGAUAAGGUUGAAAAAGGCCUUGGACUAGCGUCUGAGAUGUCGCUAGUCUCUUGGUCUCUGUAUUAUGGAUUGAAGGCAGUCCAGGUCCCUCAUCCUAUCUACCAUGCGCACGAAACGAACCCUGAUCAGCUCAAUCGCCGAGCUAAUUCGGGUAAACCGGGGAAGAUCAGCGCUGAGAAUGAUAGUAUCUGGACUUGGGACCGGCAUAAUGAUAUCGUGCUGAAAAUGUCCUAUAUGUUUUCGUCGGAAUUCCCGGAAAGGAUUUAUCGAGCUUGGUUGGGUUAUGAUGAUGCAGAGAAGGUGAGUGGCUUUUUGCUAGUCCUUCGGCUUGCUCUCGUCUGCCAGGACUACGAGUUGAUCUUCGCUAACAAUACACAAGGAGGGUCGUCGUCGUCUUUGCUUGCCUCCAAUGUUUUUACAUCCGGUCAAGAAUACGAGACGAUAACCAUUGAAUGGAGAUCAUAUAUUUUAUCAACGUUCCCAGAAAGAGCAUCGGUGAUUGUUAUGUGA